UAAGCAUAAUACUCUUUUUUCUCUACAAACUUUUUAUUUAUCUUUUUCAAACUUUUUAUUUGGGAUAAUCAGUAACCCGUUAUCUCGAAACACUAAUUUCCCCAAAAACUCUUAUCAGUUAGGUGAGUCACUCAUACAUAUCAUUUUCCUUCUGCAAUAUAAAGAAUACAAUUUUGAGUGGACUAAAAAAACAUCUGAUUUUCAAGAAGCAAAAAACCAAUAUAACAACGAUCUUCUUAAACCAAUACGAUCAAGAGAAGAAGAAGAAGAGGUACGUUACUAACGAUGAGUGCGGUCAAGUCGGCGUUAGGCGAUAUGGUGAUAACCUUUUUGUGGGUUAUUCUCUCGGCGACGUUUGGGAUACAGACGGCGGCGAUUGUUUCCGCAGCCGGGUUUCAUGGUAUCACUUGGGCACCUCUGGUGAUCUCAACGUUGGUUGUUUUCGUCUCCAUCUCGAUUUUUACUGUUAUCGGAGACGUUCUUGGUGGCGCUAGCUUCAAUCCUUGUGGAAACGCUGCGUUUUAUACCGCCGGCGUUUCUCGAGAUUCUCUCUUCUCCUUGGCCAUUAGAUCUCCUGCUCAGGCAGUUGGUGCGGCAGGAGGUGCGAUAACGAUCAUGGAGAUGAUACCUGAAAAGUAUAGGACUAUGAUUGGAGGAAAGCCUUCGUAUCAAGAUGAUGCACACAUUGGAGCUAUCGCCGAAGUGAUUCUAAGUUUCAGUGUUACAUUCUUGGUGUUACUAAUAAUCCUAAGAGGUCCACGAAAACUGCUCGCUAAAACUUUCUUGCUCGCUCUCGCUACCGUAUCAGUGUUUGUCGUAGGAUCUAACUUCACUAGACCAUUCAUGAAUCCUGCCAUUGCAUUUGGAUGGGCAUAUAUAUACAAGUCUCACAAUACAUGGGACCAUUUCUAUGUGCAUUGGGUUAGCUCCUUCACGGGAGCUAUAUUAUCUGCGAUGCUAUUCCGAAUUCUAUUUCCGCCGCCAAGUCUGGUCCAGAAGAAACAGAAGAAAGCCUGAGGAAUAGUAUUUGAGUCAACAUUUGUUUGUAUUCGUCCUCGUACUGUAGAUCGUUUGUACUUUGUAGACUUUUAAUAUAUGUUUCUUUGCUCUCUUCGUGAAUUCGUAUGGACGUCACGUCAUAUAUUUCUCCGGUUUGUACGUAAUCUUUUCACUCUCGUCCGGUUUAGUAUUAUCGGUUUAGCUUUA